AUGUGGCGAAUAGAGGCUCCUAAACACGCCAACGCGCACGACUAUUUUAUGCAUGAGAUUCUAGCCUUUGCCGCGCUGCACAAGGCGUACCAACAGCCUUCAGAUCAACGCCAGCCAUACUACGCUUGCGGUAUACACCACCAGGAUCUUGCGAUUCGAGGUGUCCGCGAGAGGCUCCAUAACGUUACAAACGAAGAGGCUCCGGCGAUUGUAGCUACGUCAACGCUUCUUACUCUAAGCGUCUUUGCUUCAACAGGAUUUGAGGCUCAGUCCGCACCCACUACUGCAGCAGUAGACGGCAUCUGUAGCAUCAUGAAUGCCUUCCAUCUUAUGCAGGGUAUGGGACAUGUUCUUGCGCUAGCUCAGGCCACAGUGAGAGAGUCUUUUGUCGGCCCUAUGUUGAGAGAUCCGACAGAACCUACUGCAUCUCAACCAAUGCUACAAGACUUGAAGGACCACUUGCCUGCACUGGCUGCGUUUAUCAGAAGCAAGACCGAUCUUCCGGAGGUUGAACGAAAAUUGUAUCUCACAACCAUGGCAUACUUUGAACCAGCUCUUCAAAUAUCGUUACCUCCUCGGGUCGAUAACCGAGAGCUUCGUUUCCUGUUCUUUUGGCCUCUCCACUUGGACCCAGAAUUUAUGGAAUCUCUUCGACAGCGGAGAUCAGGCGCUAUCGCAAUUCUGAUGCAUUACGCGGUUGUGCUUCUUGCAGCUGAGCCUCGAUACUGGUUCAUGGAGGACUGGGGCCAUCGUGUGAUGAAGGCAUGUCAGAAGGUCAUCGAUCAAAACUGGAUACCUGCUGUACAGUGGCCUCUGUCGUUUCUCGACCAAGUUCCAACAUGGGAUUUGUUCGCAAAUCUUACACGCCAAGGACAGAGUUCUGGACCUUUGAUGAACACGUCAUCUACAUUACAGCAGCCGACAGUCAUUCCUCAACAAGAGCCUACCCCUAUGAGAUCUUCCGCUUCCCAUGGCGAGACGCCACAGCCCUUCUCUUUGCAACUACAAGGCACAAAGUAUGCCGUUCAGAUGGGUAGCGCAGUCGACGAACAAGUCCCAGACGAGGAUUAA